AACCUCUCUUUUUUGUCUCUCUCCCCUUCUCUCUCAUAAAAGUCUUCUUCUCUCAAGGUCUUGGUCAAAAGAUAAGGGGAGUAGGGAAAAGAUUUUAGGUGACUUCCAAGCUAAAAGCUGCAGCGCUUUCUUUAUAUCUCUGGCGCCAGAGAUGUGCAUAGUGUGAAGAGAGAGAGAGAGGGAGAGGAAAGAAGAAACAGACGAGGUGGAGGAUGGUCAGGGCCUUCAUAAGGGCUUUAUGGGGGGCUUCAGAGAAGAAGAUCACUACCACCACCAACCCUUGGAGAUCCCCCUCGGCUUCCGGAGCACCUCGCCGCCGCCGAUGAUCGCAUCCACCUCCAUGAGCAAGGAGCCGAUGAGCUACGACAUGGCGGAUUUGGAUCAAGCAGCACUAUUUCUCUACCUAGAUGGUCAUGACCCACAGUCGAUUCAAGAACAACGACAGACUCUGAACAUCUUUCCCUCCCAGCCAAUGCAUGCCGCGGAGCCACUUAAUCCUGCUGCAAAGAUUAAUGGUGGCGCAGCCAUGGCCGUCAUGCUUGCUAAUGGCGGCAACCCGCAGCAGUCGUCUCCCAGGAGGCCUGACCAGCAGCAGCAAGGUGCCGCCGGCCAGAAGGUCACCACCGGAUGCCCCAAUGCAGCACCCUUGUUGCCUAAUUCAGGAAAGGACAACAAGAACAGUGCUACUCUAAUCAAGAAGGAAGGAACCAGCAGUGGGAAGGGUGCAACAUCGUCUAGCACAGACCCAGAGAGGGAAGGGGUCAGGAGAACACAAGACCCCAAGACACUGAGAAGGCUUGCACAGAAUAGAGAGGCAGCCAGGAAAAGUAGGCUCAGGAAGAAGGCUUAUAUCCAACAGUUGGAGACAAGUAGGAUUAGGUUAAGCCAGAUCGAGCAACAGGUUCAAGCUGCGAGAGUACAGGGUGUCUUGCUGGGCACUGGAGAUCAGCACCACCAAGGCCUUUCUUCUGGCCCUUCAGUUGCUGGGAUGUUUGACAUGGAGUAUGCGAGAUGGGUCGACGAGCACAGCAAGCUGAUCGUCCAGCUCAAGGGAGCACUGAACGACCAUGCACCGGACAACCAGCUGCAGGUAAUUGUCAGCGGCGCGUUGGCACAGCACGACGAGCUGCUCGGCCUCAAGGCCGCCAUUGCCAGGACUGACAUCUUCCAUCUAUUGUGCGGGGUGUGGGCCAGUCCCGCAGAGCGCUGCUUCCUUUGGUUGGGUGGGUUUCGACCCUCAGAGGUCAUCAAGGUGAUGUUGAAGCAUGUCGAGCUCGAGCCGCUGUCGGAGGGCCAGCUCCUGGGCAUCCUCAACCUCCAGCAGUGGGUGCAGGAGGCCGAGGGAUCGCUGAGCCACGACAUGGGGAACCUCCAGCACUCCCUCUCCGACAGCGUCGCCUCCCCGGAUCUCGCCGGCAGCAACUUCAUGGGGCACAUGAACCACGCCCUCAACAAGAUCUCCUCCAUGGAAGGCAUCGUCAGGCAGGCAGAUGCGAUGAGGCAGCAGACGCUGCACAAGCUGCAUCAGAUGCUCACCAUCCGGCAGGCCGCCCUCUGCUUCGUCUCCAUCGCCGAGUACUUCCACCGCCUCCGCGCCGUCAGCACGCUCUGGGCUGCCAGGCCGCGUCUCGACGGGCAGGGGCAGGGCCCGCCCCCGUCCUAGAAGGAGAUCAAAGCUCAGCAGCAGCGCAGUCAUUGCAAGGUUUAGACUAAUAAAUUAAGCGGAGCUAGCAUGCAUAUGCAUGCAUGCACACCGGGAGCUAGAGACGGUGUACAUGCAUGCAUGUGUGGGAGUUCCAGCUCUUGGUCGUCGGAUGUGGAACUGGCAACUUAAUUUUGUAAGCUGUACAUACAGUGUUAAUUAGCUGCUAGCUAGAGAAGAAAUGCUAGGGUGUAGUGGUGACUUAAUUAGAAGCCGUUUUCCUUAUUAUGUUCACCAGCUAUUGGAUAAUGGAAACUGCUGGGCGUCCCCCGGGGGAUCUGAUUCCCCAGCCCCCGGGUCCCCAGCCGUCGGAUCAACCAUUUUAACGGUUAGAUUUGCAUGUAGCAAAAAAACAUCUCCGGCAGCAAAAAAUCACCCCCGGCAGCAAAUGACUGAAGCAAAAAACGGUUCGUUCAGAAAUGAAAAUAA